AUGUCGCACAAUCUGGUUCAGAAACGUGGCCGCUAUCCUAAAGCUAAACAAGAAAACAACGUCGCCCAGAGCGGAUGGCAGGCUCAAACGCUUUCGGUGCCCAGCCAGAGCCAAGGCUUCUCUGACGUAGAUUACAACCAUCAAAAUCAAAAGGAUUCUUCCCAACACACAAGCAACAACUACCCCAACCAAUGGGGCGAUAAUCACGGCGUGAUGAAUGAGGAGUUCCAUCAAAAGUCGGAUUCUAAUGGCCAUAAUGCUCAGCAGGAUGUGUGGAGUGAUUGGGGCAAUCAGGGAUGGGAAAACUGGGAAAACAACAAUAGUCAGCCAUCACUGCCUACCCAGAACUAUUAUGGUCAAGCGCAACACCAACAGGCUCCGAAUCAACAGAGCCCUCAGUACCCCGCAUACGAUCAUGAUCAAGUGUAUCAUAACCAACAGCAUGACUCAGGUCUCGCUCGUGAGAGUCACGAAUCGUAUGCUCCGCAAGUGGAUGUGAACAAUUUCUCGUACCCAGCGACGUGCUCGACUCCCCUGUAUCAGUACAACGAUGGGAAUUCGCGUCAACAACAACAACAACAUUUCGAUAACCAGUAUCACCACCAGGACCCUCAACAUCAGUCGCUACAGAACUUCAAUAACCACGACUUUGGCCAUGUCCCGCAGCAGGCACCAGGACCGGAUCGGUUCCCUGAAUACACGGAGACUCAUGGCAGCGUAGACUACGGUGCCGGUGUCAACGAGACUGAUGAAUUUCAAUACAACAGCGUCACGGAUUCACCUGCGAACACGGAGACUCAUGGCAGCGUAGACUACGGUGCCGGUGUCAACGAGACUGAUAAACUUCAAUACAACAGCGUCACGGAUUCACCUGCGAACACGGACGCUCAGCAGAUGUCGCUCGGCGGAUACAACGCGCAGGCAAUGCCAUUCGAUACGAGUCUGGGACCUGGCGGAGACGACGGGCUAGCGGACAAUUACGAUAGGGCCACCCCAGGAGCAGCGGAACCUCGGGUUGAAGACGACCUCGAGGAUGCGUCACUCGCCCUGCAGGAACACAACGACCAACCGAUUUCAGACAGCUGGGAUACCCUCGAAGACAACAUGGAAUGCUUGACUAUUCAGGACUAUCGCCCGCAAGAAUCGAAUGCAGCGAGUUGUGAAGCUCAACUUGGAGCUUCUACCCAAGUUCCGACACAUCGAAUGCAAGAGCAAAUCGAACACGGGCAGCAGAAUGCUCGAGGCGACCAGCGCGACCCUGAACCGCAGUUUCCCCAAGACGAAGAUCGAAGGCCUCACGAAAAGCGGGAAUCAUUCCGAGAAGAUAUUCCUCUCGAAGAGGCUCCGCGGCAGUAUCCCUCGGGAGCUGUGGACCAGCAACAGCGUCAAGAUCCAGAGUCGACCGUGGCCCCGCCGUCGUUAUCGGAGGUCUCUGAAACGAGGAACCUCGACACCGAGUCUACGAUCGAAGUCGACGACUCCCGGGUCCACCAGGGAGCGAACGACGAUGAGCGUUGCUCACCACGUGAGAACUUCAUUGAAUGCGGCUCCGCGGAGAGACCGAUCAGUCGGGGCUCGACGUCGUCCGAACAGAGACGGAAUUCGCAAGGUACCACCUUCGACGUCAGCUCUCAGGAACGAAGUUCGUAUUUAGCCGACAUGGUCAGACCUGCUUCAGAGGGAGCGCCAGCUGAGGGAGAGUCCCCGGCACCGAUGGCGUUCCCUGUGCCUUCGCAGAGCUCGGCUCCGAGCUCGACGAACGCUGCUUUCGGCACGGACGACUCCCAAAGCGAUUCCAACUCCAAUACCAUCGCAACCCGAGAGGUCAUAGGGCAACGCGCUUCGGCCGAACGGAGCGGUGUUCCGAAUGUGUAUCAAAACGCAUCGUCGAUCAGGCAGAGUCCAUUGGGAGGAGAAGGAGGGAACCCCGUUUCGGUCGCUCUCAACCCGAAGGCAUCCCUGGAGCCUCCGUCUCAACCGCCGAACAGCGAAUCGUACAGAAGUUGCAGUCAGGAUGAGAGGACAAGGAGCCGACGCUCCGCGAUUUCAUCGUCCUCUUCGGACGACAGCGAAGUUGCGGAACAUAAUCGAGAGACAUUGCAUCAGAAGAUGAAGGAACGCGCACACGAGCUGCCGGCGGCUUCCAAACGUGAGCAAAGGUGGAGGGACUCACGGGAGAGGCUUCAAAAAUAUGACUAUCAUUCAGACAGAAGCGAAAUCCGCAAGUAUAGGAGGAGAGGUCACCGUGACAGUGACGGCGAACGUUCUCGACGAAAAAACGCUAGUGAUCGCGACUACGAAGACGAAGACUAUUACGAGGAGAAACGGCACCGAAGACGUACCGACCGCAAGCGAAACUCGGACGAAACCGAUUUUUCGGAGUAUACGGGAGACAAACGACUCAACAAGUACAGAAGUGGAGACGACAGCGAGGCUACCUCUGGUCGACCGAGAAGACGUUCGGACGACGCUCGUCGAAUGAGGAGUAGGGACUAUCCCGACGAGAGUGAUUACGACCUCAGACGAUCCUGCACGCGUCGAGGCGGCCAUAUCAAUCGACGGGACAAACGACCCGACUUCUACCCCGAUAGACCUCCGACUCGAGGCUCCUCAGUGAACGACAGCAUGACGACUUCACAGAUUUCGGAUUCCGAGAUUUCGCAUUUCGGGAGCAUGGAUGACAGGCGCGGAAGAUUCGACCGUCCUUACGCUGUGGGGAUGCAUCCGGUGCAUGAUCCCAGGGGUUUCCCAUCGAGCUCUCACAAAUUCCAGUCGUUAAGUUCGACACUGCAUCCGCGGCAGCCACAAGUGCUUCGCGCGCCCCAACAGCCGCUUCAUCGCCACCAACAACAGAGUCAAAUAAGCGCGGGGAUGAUACCUCAAGAGCUCACAGGUCAAGAUCUACAGGUUGUCAGGCACGCCUACAAAACGGAUCCUGAUUACCGCGCAGUGCUCGAUGACUAUUUUGUGCAAUGCGCUGCCAAAGGAUUCGACAUCAGACAAGUACGAAGCUACAUCUGCGACGAGCCUGACCUACAGCAAUCUGUGAGCAUGGGGCUCGCUGAUUUGAACGAAAGUUUGUCAUCGUCUCUCUCGGGAGAUUUGACUGGAUCAAUUCGUUCCAUCGUUUCAGAAGUCUCAACACCUGAAGAGUUGAAGAAGUACAUCAUGCCUCACGCUUUCGCCCAUUUCACAUCGCUCAAUACUUUCGUCAAGCUCCAUCCGUCGAACAGGACCUUGGAUUCAAAACCACCGGCUAUUGAGAUCCACGAUUUAAAGUUGCUCCUGGAAGAAGAUCCGGAGAGCAAAGCUCUCGCAAAGUUCCCCGGACCUCUCGUGAGGGCUGACACACACAAGAAUCAAGUCAUCCAUUUCUGCAAUCAACGGGUCAAUGCAAUCCGGAAGAAUAAGCCCGACGUAGAUCAUAUCGUCGACCGUGAAUCGUAUGUUUUACUCUGGGAACUUUUGAUACUGCUGUUGAGACAGAAUGGACUCGUGACAGGGACCGAUAUCGCCGAGUUGCUCCUCAAGGACGCUCCCUUCGUCGACCCAGCCUCGGUGCAGAAACUUGCGGAGCAGGAGAUGUCCCAAAUCGAAGAAAGCGACAGGGCGAGCUCCGAAGAUAGCCAAACCACCGUCGACGGCACAAGGCUCAAUCGUAAGGCAUCGCGAGGUAUUCGGCGCCAAGGUCUCAGUCCUGAGCAAGCCUUGUCGAAAUUCCGGGAGCUCCUGCUGUUCGGUCAUCGUAAGGAGGCGAUCGAACACGCCAUCCGUUGUGAACUAUGGGGGCAUGCCCUCUCUCUGUCAUCGAGGAUGGAUACAAAAAUGUAUGCCUACGUAGAUUCCAAGUUCCACCAGUCGUUCGCAGGAAACGAUCCUCUGCAAACUGUUUAUCAGCUAUACUCUGGUCGACAGCCGACUUCAGUGACUUGCGUGGGGGAUGUAACCUGGGGAGACUGGAGACCUCAUCUUGCUAUGAUUCUAGCAAACCCGUCCGCUAGGCCGGAAAUCGACGCAGGAUCGAUCGUAACGAUGGGAGACAUUCUUCUUUCGAGAGGAUGUCUGUAUGCCGCACACUUUUGUUACCUCAUGGCUCAGGUAGAUUUCGGCGAGUUCCAAGACAAGAGGUGCAAACUUGUCCUUCUUGCCACCAGUCACAUGCAAAACUUCGCCGAAUUCGCGACGAACGAGGCAAUCAUGUGCACCGAGAUUUACGAGUACGCGAAGUCCCUUUCGAACCCGGGCUACACUCUCCCAAGUCUGGGCUUGUAUAAAUAUCUCCAUGCGAAGCGCUUAGUCGACCGGGGUUUCGUUCAGGAAGCACUUCACUAUUGCGAACGACUGUCGAUCGAGAUUGUCAGGAAUCACUUCGCCUACAAACCCGAACUCAUUCACGAGGUCUACUGCUUAGCUUCGAGAUUACGUUACCACGAUGCCCACUACAGUCAAGAUGCGGUUAAUCAAGACUUGGGACAUCCUCAAUGGCUCAUGGUUCUCGAGGAAGUCGAUAUCGCGCUGCAGAGUGGUCAGCCGGUCGAUCGGAAUCUCGAGAGUAGAAGACCAUCCGACUUCGAAGAAUCCCAGGUGAAAAUGGAAGCGCAGUAUUGUGAAGCUCCGGUGCGGCCCCAAGAGCAGCAAGAGAUCCACCAAAUACAUCAAGUUCCGCAAAGUGCACCAUCGCAAACGUUCGACCAAUCGCUGCAGCAGCAGCAACAGCAGCAACAAGAACAAGCAUAUGGCUACUACGCGCAGCAACAGCAGCACCAUGAACACCAACACCAGCAGUCAAGUUUCUACGGACAGCUGAACGCCAGUCCCCCUUCUCAAGAAGCCCGUGAUGAGCUUCCAACCAAUCAAGCGAGAGACACGCCAGAUUACUCGAACGAGCAAUACUCGCGGAGCAGCUCCGUGGACGGGAUCCACCAGGUGCCGGCAGCUCACGCACCCCCGCUCGAGCAUUCGAAUUCUUUCGGGGCUCAGGCUCAAUAUGGACAGCGACGAAGCAUCGCUUCCAUCUCCAGUUCUAUAACGUCGGCGACAACUAAUGAAUCAAUGAAAAUGGCCCCGCUACAUCAGGAUGAAAUGAUAUCUUAUCAGCAACAAACGCAGUCGCCGGUACAGACGAAAUCGGAAAGGAUGUCCCCGGGAGCCUCUCCCUCACCGGGGAAAAAUUCCGCGCCAUCGAACCGUGCUGGGUCGAGCUGGUUGCCUGGAAUCCUUAAGAAUUUCCUUCCCAAAGGACCGAAUCAGAUGAUCCUCCCUGAUGAUAAAGAGCAAUCGAUCGUUUGGGAUGCAAACAAAAAAAUUUGGGUCGAUCGGAACGCUGACCCUGCGACCCAGGGAGCUGCAUCGGCGUUGCCGCCACCGCCAUCGGAUAUCGGUCGAGGCGAAGCGCCCGUUCCGCCGAUACCUACCAUGUCAUCCGCUCAAUCUUUUCCCCAAGUCAUUCCAUCGGCCUCGGAUGCGAGUCGUAAACAACCAGACCCAGUUCAGCAGGCAGCGCCCCCUAAUGGGUCAAAUCGAUUCAGAAGGUCGAAUAACAAACGUCGCUUCGUUGACGUUGUUGAAAAUACUAUCCAUACGGGAUCCGCGAUGCCCUCAAUCCCUCCAAUCGAUGCCGGGGGAGCUGUUCCACAGAUGAUGAUGCCCGCGCUGCAGCCUCAAUACAUGUUGCCGGCUCUACCUCGAGGGGAGGAAGGAGAGGCUUUUGAUUUGCUCUCUCACGGAGCCAGAUUCGACGACCAAUCACAGAAUCAAGAAUCAGAGGAGCAGUGA